CAUAACUCUUCAAACGUCACUUCCUCCAAAACAAAUCAGAAGCAGCUGACUGUUGUUUCAAACUUUCACAAACCGCAAACCUUUUAAGUGUUAACCCCCCUGAUAGUUUGAAGAUGAACACCUCUCUGAAGCAGUGGAAGGAGGCGGCCACUCUCAUCCUAACCGCGGGACGCAGGCUCGGUUCGGACACUUUGUCACCAAGGACACCGCUGGACGGCAGCGGCUCCACGUCCCGCUGCUCCCGCUUCGAUUACGACGUGUUGUUACUUAAACGUAGCGCUCAAAGCACAUUCAUGCCUAACGCCUAUGUUUUUCCCGGCGGUAAGCUGGAUUCCUCUGACUUUUCAAGCGAUUGGUUGGACGUCUUUAAAUCCUUUCUUAAUUCCCCUGGUUUUGGUUUGAGGAGCGUUAAGCAGCCAGCGGAGAGCAGACCCCCGAUAUUUGCCACCAACCGAUUAAAACUCGGCUCUCCCAUCCCUGGAGAGGUCGCUCUGCGAAUCUGCGCUGUAAGGGAGACUUUUGAGGAAUCAGGGGUGUUGCUUGUUGUGCCUAAAACAGAAGAGAAGCGCCUCAUUGAAAGCUUCCAGGACACAUUUUGCAGUCAGCAUCACAGAGCCCAUGAACUGGAUGGUGAUGAGCUCUCAAAGUGGAGAGCUCUGGUGAACAGGAACCCCUCUAACUUCAUCAGGAUGUGUCAGGAGUUGGAGGUGCUGCCCAACAUCUGGGCUCUGCAUGAGUGGGCGAACUGGCUGACCCCCAGCAACAGAUAUGGGAAGAGGAGGUUUGACACAGCCUUCUUCAUGUGCUGCUUGCAGGAGAUCCCCAGAACUCUGGAAGAUGAGAGGGAAAUUGAACGCUUUCAGUGGUCGUCACCUUCGGAGAUCCUGCGGAGCUACCAGGCGCGGCAGCUUUGGAUCGCUCCUCCACAGUUCUACGAGCUUAGCCGCAUCUGCCGCUUCCCACUGCUGAAAGAGCUCCACAGCUUCGCCUACCAGCGGGCCACGGAAGGCUGCGAUCAGUGGAUGCCUGUGGUUGUCCUGCAGGAUCAGCAGCAUAUUUCACUUCUGCCAGGAGACAAACUUUAUCCAGUGGACUCUUCCAAGCAGGCAGUCGGUGAUUUCCCCAAAGACUCUCAGAUGGACGAUUCACCUGAUGAUUCGAAGCUGCACCGUAUACUGAUCUCAGAUCCUUACACUGCAACUCUACAGAUCACUGUCAAACCCAAGUAUAACCAUCUGCACCCUGCUGUGGAGCAAACCUUCCCACAGAACUCAAAAAGUCAGCUUUAAUAAUAACUUAGAGAUUUUCUCCGCUCUAGUGAAAAAGGGAGAUUAUUGUGAACUUUAGUGAUAGGAUAUUUACAGGUGACUUUUAAUAAAUUAUUACUGCAUUUUCUUACUGUUGGUGUCUGGAUCAUCUUGAAGGCAUCUCUUGGUAUAAAGCUCUCCAUCUUCUUCAGAUGCAGUCAAUUGAAUUAUUUGAAAAACUGUUGUUGCUAAUCAGCCAAGUUCAGACAGGAGCUGUAUUUGAUCUUUGAAUUUUAUCCAGAGAAAAAUUUCCAAAGAACAAUGAACGAAAUUAAUAAAAUAUUUAAACUCUCAGCUGA